UCCCCUCUCUCUCCAACACUCAGAGACACACAUAUAGCUGUGGAUGUCAGGGAGGCUGUGAACUAACAAACACAGCAGUCCCUCUACUUGUGAGGAACAAGAGGAAUGAAGUGAGAGUUGGAUGAAGACGACUGGAGGCAGAAAGGAGAGCGAGAACGAGGGCUGGACUUGGGCCUGAUGUCCUUCCAGGCAGAUUUGGUGUCAGGGCUCGGUGUCACAGGAGCAGAAGAGGAGAACCCCCACCUGCUGCUCCAGCUCUCUUUAGGACAUGAAACUGAUUGUUUUACCAAGUGAUUUGGAUUUCUGUGACUUUCUACCAGAAUUACAAAGAUUCUCCAAGGCAAUGAAAGCCAAAGGACGACCAGUCAUUAAAGCUUUAAAUAAACUUGACAACUGAUGUUGAAGCUGUCUGACGGACUGAGUGAGGAGGGUAUUUCCAGAACGUGAGACAGACUGGGUUUCAAGUCAGCAGCUUUAUGCAGAACUUACCCAACAACUGAGCAAAACAAAUCCAGGAAAAUCUGACUGCACCUCACUCAUUAUUUCUGAAAACUUGCACAAAGCCAAUCUAAGAAGUAUCUUAAAUAUACAUUAUAGACAUUAAAAUAACUUUAUUUUGAUUGCAUUUGUACAACUAGUCAAUCUUGCAUAAGAUUUAAAGUUCAGUGCUGGUUUUUUUGCAGGACUCUUGCUUUUUUAUGCUCAGUCUUGCAGGAUCUCGAGUGUUUUGUCUGAAAAGCUGCACCUGAAGAAAACUCUACGUGUGGAUUGAUUCAUUUGGCUGACUGAAGAGAAGGAACAAAGACCAAAGACUGCAGGGGAUUGCAUCCUCAGUGGAUAUUAACUUGAUUUUGAUGAUAAAAAGAGGCUUAGCUCUACAGACCAAACAACCAGUGACCAGACAAUGGAGAGAAAGGAGGAGGUGAAGUUCGGCGCAGCGUCCAUGUCUCUGCCCGCAGACCUGAGCUGCCUGCAGGGCAUCGGGGGCGCGGAGGGGGAAGGGGAGGCGGCUCUGGCAACGCUGGAGAAACAGCUGAUCUGUCCCAUCUGUCUGGAGCUCUUCAACAAGCCCGUGGUGAUCCUGCCCUGCCAACACAACCUCUGUAGGAAGUGUGCCAACGAGCUCUACCAGCCGUCCCUGUUCCAGGCCCGUACCACCAUGUUGAUAAACAGCGGCCGUUUCCGCUGCCCGUCCUGCAGACACGAGGUGGUGCUGGAUCGCCACGGGGUCUACGGCCUGCCCAGAAACCUGCUGGUGGAGAACAUCAUUGACGUCUACAAACAGGAAGUCAGCAAUUUUAACAACAAGGCAGCCAGCGCCCCCCCUCCUCCUCCCCUCUCUGCUGAGGUGACGUGUUCAGACCACGAGGGGGAGAAGGUGAACAUCUACUGCCUCACCUGUAAGGUUCCCACAUGCUCUCUGUGUAAGGUGUUCGGGGCCCAUCAGUCAUGUAAGGUGGCUCCUCUGACCGACAUCUAUCAGCUGCAGAAGGAUGAGCUGAGCGAGGAGGUCAGCUCUCUGAAGUCAUACAACGAGAAAGUCCAAGCUCUGAUUGAUGAGCUGGAGCAGAGCUGCAGAAAUAUAGAGGAGAACUCAAAGACUCAGAAACAGAAAGUGUGUGAGCAGUUUGAUCACGUGUUAUCCAUCCUGGACGAGAGACGGAAGGCAAUGAUGGAGCAAAUCACCUCUGAGCAGGAGGAAAAAACAGGCCACGCCCAGGCCUUGAUACGUUGCUAUGGAGACAGUGUGGAGGCAAACAACAAGCUGAUGGAGAGAGCGACGAGCAGCAUGGAAGAGCCGGACCAGGCUGCUUUUGUUCAGAGUUCAAGAGAGCUCAUGACAAAAGUGAUCGCAGCAGCCAGCUUCUCUCCAGUCGAGACACUGAAACCAGGUUAUGAAAGUCUGAGACAGUACAGGUUUAACUUUAGUCGACAGGAGAGAGCUCUGAGGAGCAUCGACUUCCCCAAACUCAUUGAAGAAGUUGCUGAGGAACCAGAGGUGGAACCAGAGCCAGAAGAACCCACAUUUUCCACAGCCCAGAUCACAGAGGCCAUCCAUCAGGAAGCCUCCACACAGAGCUUUGGAUCUGCAGCACAACUGGUUACAGAAACACUAUCAGUCAUAUCUCCACCAGUGGAACCAGUACAGACAGCAGCAUCAACACCAGCCCCAGUUCAGCCUCUGCAGCCUGCAGGAGCAGAUCUACAGCCAGAGACUGACAGUCUAGAGGUCGGAGACAGACCAGGAGUGAGGAUGAACCAGAAGGAGAAAGAGAGAGAGGAGAGAUUUGGAGCUCCUAAAGCUGUUAGAGAGGAAAACACAAGUGAACAACACGAAGGAAUGACAACACUGCAGUGUGAGGGAGGAGAGGGACGUGAUUGGACGGAGCAGGAAACAGAAGAACAAUCGGAUGCCCAGGAUGAACGAGAAAUACAGACGGAUAAAGACACUACAUUUUGUCUGAGCUUUUGCAAACCGAGCAGCAAGGAAAGCCUCUCAUCAGCAUCGGAAGUUAACAACACAGACCAGAGAGCAUCUUCACCACAGCUGACUGGAGAUUCACAUCCAGAGUCCAUAAUCCUGGCUGAACUUGAGCCAGAACCUCCUGGGAGUCUGGACUCACAGACCCAGAAAGAGAGGGCACCUUACCCUGACCCACCUCCACCUGGAUCUGCUCCUUCAUUAGAACCAAUAAGAAAGGAAGAUGAAGGAGAUGCUGAGGAGGAAAAUGUGAAAAAUGAGGGUUUGGUGUGCUCACCUGGAGCUGUGGAUGAAAGCACUGAUCCAGGAGAAGAAGGUUUUGAUGUUGGAGAAGGAAGUUCAGACAGUUUCCUUCAUGAUGAUUAUAAUGAAGGAGCCAAACCACCAGAAGAGACACAUUUUAAGGAGAAAAGAGGAAGCUCCAAGGUGGAAAAAGACGGCUUUGAGAUUGAUGAUGAAGUGGUAGAGGAUGCAGAAGAGACAGAGCAAGUCGAAGAUGAUACUUUACAUCAGAAAUCUGCUUCAGAUUUGAGAGAAAGAGAGUCUGAAAAAGGGGACUUUGAAGCUAAAAUAACUAAAGACAGCAUGAAAGAGGAAAGCAGAUUGUUCGGUGAUGAAUCUGCCUUCAAGGAGGAUGAUGUUUCUAUGAGCGAGGAUGGCUCUUUACCUCCAAAUGAGACCCUGAAUGAUGUGGAGAGGACAGACAUCUCGACACAGUUUCAGAAGGAUGAGGACUUUGAAGUUUUUAGUCCAAGAUUUGAGGAAAAUAAAGUGGAUUACACUGAGGAAACCAAGCAGCCUGAGGUCAAAAAGGAAACCAGAUAUGCUGACUCUCUCCAGAUGAUCACCCUGCUCUUCUACCUGCUGGCGUUCCUGGUCAUCCUGCAGAGAGCCUGGGCCUACAUCGGCAUCUUCAUCUGUAUAUGAACACCAGCAGGAGAAAGUUUGAUCCUCACUCCUGCAACGUCCAGAUGAAGACAAAGACCACUCCACAUCUCUUCUCCUUCUCCACUUCAGUGCGGCUCCUUGUCGGCACAUUUCUGCUUCUCCUGGUUAAACCUCAUCCUCAAAAAAGAGAGUGAGAGAGAAAGAGAUGAGCUUUUUGAUCUAUGAUGUUUGGAGCUGCUCUGUGACUAAAAAUGAACCUGUGUUGCCUUUAAAUGAAGCUCUAAAACUUGCACAACAUCAUAGGAAGGCGAGGCACCAAUAAACCCAGAUAUAACCACACAUUAGGGGAAUAUAUCAUCCAGUAACAAACAUAUUCUGUGCUGUGUGGAAACUAUAUAGAGAAACACUGUAUUUUAAUUGAGGAGGAUUCUUCUCCCAUUAAAUGUGUCCCUCCAUUUUUGUGGUUCAACACUCACUCAUCACAUUAUUAGGCAUACCAGUCCAGCUGUUCUUUAACUCAAAUAUAAUCAGCCAAUCACACGGUGUCAACCAAUGCAUUCAGUUAUGCAGACAGGGUUGAGACAGAGUGCUGAAGUUCAAACUGAGCAUCAGAUUGGGGAAAAGGUGAUUUAAAUGUGCAGAGGCUGUUGGUGUUCAGUUGGAACUUCCCUCCCAUGUCUCCAUGCCUAAAUACAUCGGGUACUGACAUGUGAUUGGCUGAUCUGAUGUUUGUUUAGAUGAGCAUUUAAAUGGGUAUGCCUAAUAAAGUGAUCAGUGAGGAUGAAUAGCAUUAAAGGGAAAGCCAGAAAACUCUGAAUUGAAAAAAGAUCUGAUGAUUCUCACUGCUGUUAAAAGGAGAAUUCUGAGUAGAACAGCAGCACUAUCAUGGCUACACCAUUAACAUGAGUGGGACUGUGUUUACUCUGUGAACUUGAAACUCAACAUAUGUGUGCAGGAUUUUGGUGUUUUACUUGAAAAAUUCUACUAUAACAACAAUUUUCAGAUCUAAAAGUUUACCAACUCAUGACGUGGGAGAGUUUCUUUAAAUGUGACUUUUAGAAAAGGAGGGAAAUAGUUUUUGUUAAGAUAAUAGCCGCAGUUGAAGUGGAGUUAAUAUUGCUGCAUUAAUGUGACUGUUUACUCUAGAGUUUAAAUGUGAUUCAGUUUGUUUUGGUUUAAGUUAUUUUCAUUGCAGGAGCAUUUUAUGUCUGUGAGUUUUUUUCCGGGGUAUUUUGUAAUCUGGUGUCUGUGCAUAAAGCAAGAGACGAAUUGUGGAGUAAAUAAAUCUGACUACGUUCA